AUGGCUAACGUCGAUGGUGACCGCAGACCGGCUCUAAGCGUCAUCGUCGGCGGGCUGCCCCGGACUGGCACGACGUCCAUGACCGAAGCUCUUAAAAUUCUUCUAAAUGGCCCAGUCUUUGACGGGGGUUCCGCGUCCUAUCUUGGAGACCGCGAUACACAACGACGAUUGCUGGAGCUUACGCAGCAUUGUCCCAUGAGGACUCUAGUCGACCGCACCUUUGUCCAAUAUCGUCUUGCCCAAUUGACCGAAGGCUGUGUGGCAAGCUCUGACCAACCCGGUUGUUAUUUCCUUGAAGAGCUGUUGCAGUUGUAUCCAGAGGCAAAGGUCAUAUGCACUGUCCGAGACCGAGACUCAUGGUGGGCCAGCUAUUCGGCACUUUGGCAAAGCAUUCACGACCUGCAUCCUUGGGCCUGGCUCUCUCCCAGCCUGUGGCGCUUCUGCAUCUUCUCCAUCGAUUUCUGGAAGCGUGUCCCGCAAGCUGUGGGUAUACCUCAGUGCGAGCCUUGGCCCAUGCUCAACCAAGAGAGGCUCUAUGAAGCACAUGCCGAGUAUGUCCGGCGCGUGGUGCCGCCGGAUCAGCUCUUCUUCUUCAACGUUCGGGAUGGGUGGGAGCCGUUAUGCAAGAUUCUAAAUGUCCCUGUUCCGCAACAACCUUUUCCGCACGCUUUCCCGAGGUCAUGGCUAGACAAGGGAACGAAGGCUUUGAUUGCGCGACUGAGGAGGCGCUUUGCAGUCCUGGUGGGAUCAAUAGGGCUGUUGAUCGGAGUCACAGGCUAUGCUGGCAUCAAAUACCUACAAGCAAUUGUCAAAUGGGGAAAGGGACGAGGACAGUCCGCAUUGAUAGCUUCUUGA